GGGUGACCGUUUACGAUGUUAAUUUGAUGGUCCAUCCAAUUGGAGACGGAGUCUUCGGAAACUUCCGUCAUCCGCCAGUUGGCCACCAAACCAAACUCCUCAACGUCUCCGGCGAUUCAUAUUUUUUCAAAUUCCCAAUUUCUCCGAUCACACACACACACACACACGCACUAGUCUUCCAAAAUCCCCUCUUCCUUCUCUACAAAUCCGACUGAUCUUCGAGUUGAAAGAGAGAAUUAGAGAGAGAAUCGGGGAUGAAGCCGGAUUGGGAGCUGCAGAAUUGUUGCGAUAAAGACCAGAAACUAUUUCUCGCCACCGUAGGCGUCUUCACUCUCGUCAUUCUCGCGUUAUGGAGAACAUUUCUACUCACCCCUUUCAAGCUCAUCACUGUCUUUCUUCAUGAAGCAAGUCAUGCAAUCGCCUGUAAACUCACAUGUGGAGAGGUAAUGGGAAUGGAGGUUCAUGCCAAUGAAGGAGGAGUAACACAGACACGUGGUGGUGUAUAUUGGUUGAUCCUACCUGCUGGAUAUCUUGGUUCAUCUUUCUGGGGUAUGCUUCUAAUCUUGGCAUCAACUGGCCUUCUUACUUCAAGAAUUGCAGCUGGAUGUUUAGGAGUUGCUCUUCUUAUUGUCCUCUUUGUUGCCAAAAAUUGGACACUUCGAGGACUUUGCAUUGGAUUUAUUAUCUUUCUUGCUGUCAUUUGGAUCCUACAAGAAAAAACCACAGUUCGCAUCCUUCGUUAUGUCAUUUUGUUCAUUGGUGUCAUGAACAGUUUGUUUUCUGUUUAUGAUAUUUAUGAUGAUUUAAUUUCGAGGAGAGUUAAUUCUAGUGAUGCUGAGAAUCAUAUGGGGAAUGAUUUCUUUCAUUUUUCUAAGUGCUUCUGUGUAUAUUGGGCUUGUUAUCUUAUCAACAUGAGAUUGAUUCAUGGAGUUGGAUUUUAUUCAUGUGGUGUUUGAUGCACUAACUUUUGAUCUCAUUCUUUCAACCCUUUUGAUUAUUUGAGGGUUUUAUGCAUAUGAUUGCUUUGUAACCUUUAUAGUUAAAUAUUUUGUGUAUUAUGUAUUUUAUUUUUUGUGGAUAUGCAAAUUUAAUUAUAAGUUUCAAGUAUUCUUUCUAGUUUCU